AUGACCGACGCGAAGCCUCUACCUCGCAGUGAAGAGGAGUUGCAGGAGGCUAGGAUCCAGAGGGCCAACAAACUGGCCCGGUACUUCCGUAUCCUGCCCUGCCCCUUCACGCAGCAGGUUUUCUGCUAUGCGGCUUGUCUUUUAAAAUGGUUCAAAGUCGAGCAAGCGCGCAUGGAGCUACUAGCUCAAACACUCGAAGCCCAGAAACAGCUGGCUGCUCAAAACGCCCCUGGAAACGAAGAUGCUGAGGAAGAGGAGGAGGGGGACGAGGAAGAGGGGGAGGAGGAUGUCCAGGCACUCUCUGAACAUCAAUCACUGGCAGAUGGUCCACCUGCUGACUCAGCUGACCCUGUUGCCCAGUCCACUGUUGAACCCGAAGUGCAAGAUGAAGCAAAUGAGGAAUCAAUGGAAGCCUACAAUGGAGAAGAGGAAGGGGAAGACGAGGAGGAGGACGAAGAAGAUGAGGAGGAGAAGGGAGAGGAGAUGGAAGAACCAGCACAGCAAGCUGAUACGGAUCCUCUUACACCCGCCCUGACAAAACCGUGCGUUCUUCGGAUUCCUUUCGCCGACACGACGGAAAAACGUCUGGCCUACAAUCUCGCGUUUUCUGCAAUGAAGUGUAGAAUUCCCCUUUUCCCCACCUCAGACGUCAGUAUUCUGGAGAGGAUCUUGGAUGAAGUUGGCUUCUACGGUGAAUAUCCCGACCUCCGUGAGGAGGAAUAUCUGGUGCUUGUAACCCUCUACGACUACACCGCCCGUAGUUAUCAACUCCGAACCAAAACUGAGGCUGAUACCGAAGUUCUGGCUCCAGAUGAGAAUGAACCAAGACCCGCAAAACUGGCCGGGCGCAUGUUUCUUCAUCCUCCUACGUCAGAGUUUUUCCAGGCAGUAGAAAAAGCGGUCAUCGAAAUGUCGGUGCAUUUUGCAGCAUCGGUGGCAAGGAUUCGAGUAAAGGAACAAGUCGGCUCCUUGCGUCUUCUUCUACCUGAAGAUUGGCGUAAAGCGGAGAACUUGGCCGAGAACAUGCCAUUUUACGCGUGGUACAACCAACUGCUGGGAAAGUCAGAGGUCGUGUUAACUUGGUUGAAGGAGAACAACUUUACCAAAGUAAAGGGUCGCCUUCCCAAUCAGACUGAGUACGCAGAAGACGAACACUGCCCCGACGCCUUUGUUUUUAACACUGCCGAUCGUGCGGUCAUUCUCGAAUCCCAAAUUGUCCGUGACAGGUUUAUGGUGGUUCAAGACAAAAGCAACCUCUUCGCCCUGCAAUGCCUUCUCUCGGUUAUCGGUGGAGGAGAAGAGGUGAUGAUUGUCAAUAAUCCCAAUAGCUGGAAUGGAAUCCACCUCGAAGGUUUACUCAUGAAUAAGUUCCCCACCAUCACGCCUAUUCCCACAAUUCGACUUGUUAGACAGCCCAAGGAGAAUGAGGACCCCAAGAUGAUCGUUAGAAGCGGUUGCAAAUCCACCAGACUUAUCACGGACGAAUUUGUGACUAUAAAUCCCUCCGCCGACAUCUACAAAAACCUACGUCAUAUUGUCAUUGAGGCGGUGGACAUGAAGACUGCUGUGGUCAACCCAAUUGACUACCUUGACAGCGAAAACGAAGAAUUGGCGAUGCUCAAGGAUAACUGGACGCUCAAGGACAAUCCACAAUACGUCACAAAGAGACUGGAAUCGCUGUCAAAGAACAUGGCCAACUUAAAACACGCACUAAAAUUCAAUCAGGUGCGUACGGUGAUCUUCGUCAGUCACUCGGCGGACACCGAAGAGAGCAACGUCAUGGUGCAGAAAUGCGUGGAGUUUGUUAACCGCGCGCUCCAACGCGAGGCGGAAAGCAACGCGACGCCCUCGCGACCGGUCACUUCGGUCCCGGGGUUUGUCUGUCGCCUGCCCAACCUCCCCUGUCUCCUUGAAGCCGAGGAAAGACUUAAGGAGGGGAACCCUACCAUUGUCAAUGAAGCACGUUGCAUCCGAUUCCCACCUUCUAAUAAACACAAUGGGUUUUUUAUUGCCUGUCUGAAGAAGGAGGUUGGUAUUGUUAAAAUUUGCAUUUUAUGGGGAGAACUCCUUCACUGUAGUCACCGUCGUAAACCACUGUUGUAA